CGCGACCGGAAUAUCCGGUGUGUCGCUGCUCAAACUUGUCCCCACCAGCACUUAUAAAAAAUAUUUUAACAGUUCACCCCAAAGCCUCUCUCCUUCCUCUUUUUUUUCAACCUUUUGGCAAAAUCUGUGUUUCAGCUGACUUUAGUAAAUACUAAAUACAAACCAUCUGCCACAGCCCCUCUCGAGGAGAAAUUAAAUAUCCCAUAUUCGAAAAAAGAAAAAUAAAAAAAAGCCCGACUUUCCGAACCAAACAUGUCGCCGACUUUCAAGCACCAAGACUCGAACGCAUCCUCGAUUUUUGAAAUCGGCGAAUCUGACCUGUCGAGGCUGUUAGAAAGGCCUCGGCCCGUCAGCAUCGAGAAGAAAAGGUCGUUCGACGAGCGUUCAUUCAGCGAAAUGUCGAUUUCGUCCCCUCCUCGCCACUUGUACAAGAACAACGAAAACUCCUCGUCCCGCGUUUUCGACACUUUGGGCAGCAUUCAUUCUCCAGGGGCAAAAUCGGGAUUUAGCACCCCUCGCUCGUUUAGCUGCGUGGAGACUCACCCUGUAGUUGCCGAGGCUUGGGUUGCCCUGCAGCGCUCGAUCGUUCAUUUCCGAGGUCAGCCUGUCGGGACCAUUGCAGCUUUGGACCACUCAACCGAAGAGCUUAACUAUGAUCAGGUGUUUGUUCGGGACUUUGUUCCGAGCGCUCUCGCCUUUCUGAUGAACGGCGAGCCAGAAAUCGUGAAGAACUUUCUCCUCAAGACGCUGAGGCUCCAGUCGUGGGAGAAGAAAGUGGACAAUUUUACCCUUGGGGCAGGCGUGAUGCCCGCGAGUUUCAAAGUGCUUCACGACCCGGUGAGAAACUACGAGACGAUAAUUGCCGAUUUUGGUGAGUGUGCUAUUGGUAGAGUGGCACCUGUCGACUCGGGUUUCUGGUGGAUUAUUUUGCUUCGCGCGUACACGAAGUCGACUGGCGACACGUCAUUGGCCGAGUUGCCCGAGUGCCAGCGUGGCAUUCGACUGAUUUUGACUUUGUGUUUGUCUGAAGGGUUCGAUACUUUCCCGACACUUUUGUGUGCCGACGGGUGUAGUAUGAUUGAUCGGAGGAUGGGCGUUUACGGUUACCCGAUCGAGAUACAAGCUCUGUUCUUCAUGGCCUUGAGAUGUGCGUUGCUUUUGCUAAACAAGCACGAUGAAGAAGGCAAAGAUUGCGCAGACCAAAUAUCCAAACGGCUGCACGCGUUAAGCUACCACAUGCGAACCUACUUCUGGCUCGAUCUUCGCCAGCUCAACGAUAUCUACCGAUACAAAACAGAAGAGUAUUCACACACUGCCGUUAACAAGUUUAACGUGAUGCCUGAUUCGCUUCCCGAUUGGGUCUUCGACUUCAUGCCGACGCGCGGAGGAUAUUUCAUUGGGAAUGUAAGCCCGGCCCGUAUGGAUUUUCGGUGGUUUUGUUUGGGGAAUUGUGUUGCGAUUUUGUCGUCACUUGCGACGCCCGAGCAAUCGGGGGCUAUAAUGGAUUUGAUAGAGUCGAGGUGGGGGGAGCUCGUGGGGGAAAUGCCGAUGAAGAUUUGUUACCCGGCUAUGGAGAAUCACGAGUGGAAGAUCGUGACAGGUUGUGAUCCGAAGAACACGGGCUGGAGCUAUCACAACGGGGGAUCUUGGCCGGUCCUUCUAUGGCUCCUAACAGCAGCCUGCAUAAAAUCCGGUCGACCCCAAUUAGCAAGACGGGCAAUCGAGCUUGCCGAGACACGUUUGAUGAAGGAUCAUUGGCCUGAGUACUAUGACGGGAAGCUGGGGCGUUACAUGGGAAAACAAGCGCGUAAGAACCAGACAUGGUCAAUUGCCGGUUAUUUGGUGGCUAAAAUGAUGCUUGAAGAUCCUUCUCAUUUGGGUAUGAUAUCUCUUGAGGAGGAUAAAGAGAUGAAGCCACACAUGAAAAGAUCAGCUUCUUGGGUGUGCUGACAUGGAUGCUUAUAUCUAUAAUACAUAUGUUAUGUAUACACACACUCACAUUUUUAUUACAUUUUGGAUUGAACUAGGGAACUUGGAAGAGUACAGCUGCUGUACUUUUUUCUAUUCUAUCUGCAAACUUUGGAUUUUGAUGUUUGGAAUUUAAGACUGCUUUUUGGCGUUUUGGGUUGAAUAAAAAGUGAAAUGAAAGAGGAAUUGCACUCAACAAUGCAGUACCACAUUUGUUUUUAAGGAAUAAGAUCUCUGGAUGUGCAAUUCAUGUUUCAUUACAUUAUUUGAUCCGUAUAUAUACCG